AUGGCAAAGCUUACAGAAUGUACAGUGUCGCAAGCGCUUUCCCCUUUCUUAUUCGUUCGAAGAGCCGCUACUAAACAGCACUGGACAGACCGACAGCUCCAUGUGCACCUCCAGCCAUACGAUAUGGUUGUCUUUCUCAGCAACCAGCUGAACCACUCCACCAUGGCGGUGGAGGGAGAUCCAUAUGAUGAGGAGCGCUGGAGCAUCUGCUUCCACCAGCGGAAUUGA